GUGGGUGGCCCAGCGAACCUCGCCCAGCGUACAGUAGCGCACAGAGUCCGUGGCAGGGCAGCCGGCAAUCGCGCCAUGCCCACCAACUUCACCGUGGUUCCCGUGGAGGCGCGCGCUGGCGGGGACGGGGCGGGGGCCGAGGACAGUGAAGCUGAGCACCCCGAGUCUCCAGGGAUCCUCUCGGGCACUGAGUCCGAGCGCCCUAACUCAGGAGAUGGGACGCCCCGGGAGAGCAGCCCGUUCAUCAACAAUGUCGACGUGGAGCGGGAAAGCUACUACGAAGGGAAGAACAUGGCGCUCUUUGAGGAGGAGAUGGACAGCAACCCCAUGGUGUCCUCCCUGCUGAACAAGCUGGCUACCUACACCAACCUGAGCCAGGGUGUGGUGGAACACGAAGAGGAUGAGGACAGCAGGCGGCGGGAAGCCAAGGCCCCACGCAUGGGCACCUUCAUUGGCGUCUACCUGCCCUGCCUCCAGAACAUCCUGGGUGUGAUCCUCUUCCUGCGCCUGACGUGGAUUGUGGGGGCCGCUGGUGUUCUGGAGUCCUUCCUCAUUGUGUCCAUGUGCUGCACCUGUACGUUGCUGACUGCCAUCUCCAUGAGCGCCAUUGCCACCAACGGUGUGGUCCCUGCUGGGGGCUCCUACUACAUGAUAUCUCGGUCACUGGGGCCUGAAUUUGGGGGCGCUGUCGGUCUCUGCUUCUACCUGGGCACAACGUUUGCAGGGGCCAUGUACAUCCUUGGGACCAUCGAGAUCUUUCUGACCUAUAUCUCCCCCGGAGCGGCCAUCUUCCACGCGGAGGCGGCAGGCAGCGAAGCAGCUGCCAUGCUGCACAACAUGCGGGUGUAUGGCACCUGCACACUGGCCAUCAUGGCUGUGGUGGUCUUCGUGGGCGUCAAGUAUGUCAACAAACUGGCCCUGGUUUUCCUGGCCUGUGUGGUGCUGUCCAUCCUGGCCAUCUAUGCUGGUGUCAUCAAAACUGCCUUUGACCCGCCUGACAUCCCGGUCUGCCUGCUUGGGAACCGCACGCUGGCAAAGCGCAGCUUUGACACCUGUGCCAAGGUCCACAUGGUCAACAACGGCUCAGCAAUGGUGACCACUGCACUCUGGAGCCUAUUCUGCAACGGCUCCAGCACCAGCGCUGCCUGCGACCAGUACUUCAUGCAGAACAAUGUCACUGAGAUUCAGGGCAUCCCCGGCGUGGCCAGCGGUGUUUUCCUGGAGAAUCUGUGGAGCACAUACUCCGACAAGGGUGCCUUUGUGGAGAAGGAGGGUGUGCCUGCGGUGCCCGUGCCUGAAGAGAGCCGUGCAAGUGGGCUGCCCUACGUGUUGACCGAUAUCAUGACGUACUUCACCAUGUUGGUCGGCAUCUACUUCCCCUCUGUCACUGGUAUCAUGGCAGGGUCCAACCGCUCCGGGGACCUCAAGGACGCACAGAAGUCUAUCCCCACGGGGACCAUCCUGGCCAUCGUGACCACAUCUCUCAUUUAUCUCUCCUGCAUUGUGCUCUUUGGGGCCUGCAUUGAAGGUGUUGUCUUGCGAGAUAAGUUUGGGGAAGCCCUGCAGGGAAACCUGGUCAUCGGCAUGCUGGCCUGGCCAUCCCCCUGGGUCAUUGUCAUCGGCUCCUUCUUCUCCACCUGUGGCGCUGGCCUCCAGAGCCUGACUGGGGCACCCCGCCUGCUGCAGGCCAUCGCCCGUGAUGGCAUCAUUCCCUUCCUGCAGGUGUUCGGCCACGGGAAAUCCAACGGGGAGCCCACUUGGGCUCUGCUGCUCACAGCCAUCAUCUGUGAGACGGGCAUCCUCAUUGCCUCACUGGACAGCGUGGCCCCUAUCCUAUCCAUGUUCUUCCUCAUGUGCUACCUGUUUGUGAACUUAGCCUGUGCCGUGCAGACGCUGCUGCGCACACCCAACUGGCGCCCCCGCUUCAAGUACUACCACUGGACGUUGUCCUUCCUGGGCAUGAGCCUGUGCCUGGCCUUGAUGUUCAUCUGCUCAUGGUACUAUGCUCUCUUCGCCGUGCUCAUCGCUGGCUGCAUCUACAAGUACAUUGAGUACCGCGGGGCUGAGAAGGAGUGGGGUGAUGGCAUCAGGGGCCUGUCACUGAACGCUGCCCGGUACGCCCUGCUGCGUGUGGAGCAUGGGCCGCCCCACACCAAGAACUGGAGGCCCCAGGUGCUAGUCAUGCUGAACCUGGACACAGAGCAGGCUGUGAAGCACCCGCGCCUGCUGUCCUUCACCUCGCAGCUGAAGGCCGGCAAGGGCUUGACCAUCGUGGGCUCUGUGCUGGAGGGCACCUUCCUGGACAAGCACGCAGAGGCGCAGCGGGCUGAGGAGAACAUCCGGGCACUGAUGGGUGUGGAGAAGACCAAGGGCUUCUGCCAGCUGGUGGUGUCCUCCAGCCUGCGGGAUGGCACUUCCCACCUGAUCCAGUCAGCUGGCCUGGGUGGCAUGAAGCACAACACUGUGCUCAUGGCCUGGCCCCAGGCCUGGAAGCAGUCGGACAACCCCUUCUCCUGGAAGAACUUUGUCGACACUGUCCGCGACACCACAGCUGCCCACCAGGCCCUGCUGGUGGCCAAGAACAUCGAUGCAUUUCCCCAGAACCAGGAGCGCUUGGGUGAGGGCCACAUCGAUGUGUGGUGGAUCGUGCACGACGGUGGCAUGCUCAUGCUGCUGCCCUUCCUGCUGCGCCAGCACAAGGUGUGGCGCAAGUGCCGGAUGCGCAUCUUCACAGUAGCCCAGGAAGACGACAACAGCAUCCAGAUGAAGAAGGACCUGCAGAUGUUCCUGUACCACCUCAGGAUCAGCGCUGAGGUGGAGGUGGUGGAGAUGGUGGAGAACGACAUCUCCGCCUUCACCUACGAGAAGACACUGAUGAUGGAGCAGAGGUCCCAGAUGCUGAGGCAGAUGCAGCUGUCAAAGACCGAGCAGGAGAGAGAGGCCCAGCUGAUCCAUGACCGGAACACUGCCUCUCACACUGCAGUGGCCACCAGAGCCCAGGCCCCGCCGACGCCAGACAAGGUGCAGAUGACCUGGACGAAGGAGAAGCUGACGGCAGAGAGGCACAAAGACAAGGGUACCAGCGGUGCGGCAGGGUUCAAGGACCUCUUCAGCCUGAAGCCGGACCAGUCCAAUGUCAGGAGGAUGCACACAGCCGUGAAGCUAAAUGGCGUUGUCCUCACCAAAUCCCAGGAUGCCCAGCUGGUCCUGCUGAACAUGCCAGGACCUCCCAGAAACCGGCAGGGUGAUGAGAACUACAUGGAAUUCCUGGAGGUGUUGACCGAGGGGCUGAACCGGGUGCUCCUGGUCAGGGGCGGCGGCCGUGAGGUCAUCACCAUCUACUCCUAAGCCUGGUAUUGCUGGGUGGGCGAUGCCAUUCUGUGAGGUGCCAGCCAGCCAGACCACACAAGUGGCCCCCUUCAGGACCUCGGAGCUGUCUCCUGGAUCCCCCUCUUUGCAGAGACCUGGGCAGCACUGGGGGACGAAGUGGCCCUGGGCCAGGAUCCCCUGCUCCUCCUGGAUGGGCUGUCCAGCAUGUGGGCAGUCACUGCCCACCUCCCACUUGGGCACUUGUCAGGUACUACUGUGCUCUGGGGCUGAGGGCCGCCAGUCCCCACCUCCUCUGACUGCCCAAGUGGGAGAACAGUGAAGACCACUGCCCUUUCCCUGGGUCGGUGCCCAUCCCGUCCACCUCACAGGCAGAGCACAAGCUGGCCGCCUGGAGGGGGAGCCAGAAGGAGGACGUGGGCCUCGACCUCGGGGGCAGAGGCUCUGCCCAUGGAGCUGCAGGCUCCAAAGCACUGACGGUGCCCAAGGGCACGAACGCCAAGGUUUCUCCAUGCUGCCCAAGGGCAGAGCCCCUCCUGCCCUGCUGAGGGGCACUGUCUCACCCUUUGCCCUCGAGAAGGACACACUCAGCUGUGGCUAGGGCUGUCUAGGCAGGAUCUGCCUGGCCGUGUCCCUGUGUCUCCACCUGGGACAGGCUCUUGAUGACCCUCAAGGGCCGAACACAGUUUGCACUUUGCCUUUGAGCUUUCUGCUUUGUAGGUCACAGUCAUGGGUCAUGGCAGCGAUUUAUGCCUUGCUCUCUGUAGAAUGUAUUUAUUUAUUGAAAUAGUGGGGGGCAGUGUCCUGAUGAUUACGUUUGUGUGGGAACCUAGGGCCAGGCACGUGGCAUUCGCUGGCAUCCAGGUUCCUCUAGAGUCCGCACAGGCCACAGAGGCUGUCUGGUGGUGGGCCAGCUCUGACCAGAGGCGUUCCUGAGCUGUCUCACUGGGCAGGUCGGUUCCCGUCCAACCACUGGUGCCCAGUGCAUGGCCAGCCAGCACAGUGGGCCCAGGCCUCCGUGACCUCUGCCCACCUUGCUGGACCCUGAGACCCUGAUGGCCUCGCCCCUGGAUGGAGGUGAGGGGAGCAGGUGGCGCCCAUCUGUGAGUGCUCCCUGCAGCCUUUCAGACGCCUGUCCGUUUUCCUUUUAUAGCCUCAUUGUCUUUGUACGAUUUUGUUAGUGGAAUAAAAUCCUGUGAAAUCUGAG